UUGGGCUUUUCCGGGCCUUUGGUGAUUGUAGGCUUUGUAUUUUGACCGGUUCUGUAUCGUGGCUGUGCAAGGGUGACUGAGGGUGGUUAUUCUGCUGCUUUGUGCUGUGUGCAGGGGUGGGGGUGGUGUGGCCGUGCGAAGAGCGGUACGGUAGUUGAAUGGCGUUUUCGUCUCCGGUGGUGGUGAGCGGCCGUGGGAGGCGUUUGCCGUGCGCUAAGGUGCUGAAAGUUGUUGCGAUGGCAGUGGGCCGGGCGUGGGGGAGCGAAAUGUGACCGGUGAAUCAGCAUCCGUGCGAAGCUGACCGGCGCUGUGGAAGGCCGUGUGUGGCGGCGCAAGGUAGGGAGCUGUUCAGCAAGGUGAUAUGCGGUUUUGUGAGAAUUUGGAGGAGAAGACAAGUGGUGUUUGGCUACAGAUGGGGGAGCUUGUAGCUGAGAAACAUGUUCAAUACAUUUUAUCCGUAGAAAAGAGAAAGGAUGAUUUAGUAUCUGUUGUGAUGGAACAUCUGAGAAUGAAUGGGACAUAUUGGGGUUUGACAACUCUGGAUCUUCUAGGAAAGCUUGACACCGUAGAUGUUGAUGAGGUUGUUUCAUGGGUCAUGGAAUGCCAGCACGAGUCAGGUGGGUUUGGUGGUAACAUUGGACAUGACCCUCACAUACUGUAUACUCUAAGUGCCGUACAGAUUUUGGCCCUUUUUGGCAAGCUAAAUGUUCUUGACGUUGAUAAGGUGACUAAUUAUAUUGCUGGGCUGCAAAAUGAAGAUGGAUCUUUUUCAGGGGACAUGUGGGGUGAAGUUGAUACACGGUUCUCUUAUAUUUCUCUUUGUUGUCUCUCAAUAUUACGUUGUUUAAAUAAAAUCAAUGUGGAGAAGGCUGUGAGCUACAUCGUAAGCUGUAAAAAUUUGUAUGGUGGAUUUGGAAGCACGCCUGGUGGGGAGUCCCAUUUAGGGCAAAUUUUCUGUUGUGUGGGUGCACUUGCAUUAACGGGAUUGUUGCAUCAUAUUGACAAGGACCUUCUUGGAUGGUGGUUAUGCGAGCGGCAAGUUAAAUCUGGAGGUCUGAAUGGCCGUCCUGAGAAACUUCCUGAUGUCUGCUACUCGUGGUGGGUUCUUUCUAGCUUGAUCAUGAUAGACAGGGUUCAUUGGAUCAAUAAAGAAAAGCUUGUUCAGUUCAUCAUAGACUGCCAGGAUACGGAAAAUGGGGGUAUAUCUGAUAGACCGGAUGAUGCCGUGGAUGUCUACCAUACUUACUUUGGGUUGGCUGGACUUUCACUUCUCCAAUAUCCAGGAUUGAAAGCCAUAGAUCCAGCUUAUGCAUUGCCUGUUGAUGUUGUAAACAGAAUUUUCUUUGGCAAAUAACUCUUAGUCACUUGAAGCAAUUUGGUACCUUUUUGUUUCUCUGAUAACAUUAAGGACAUUAAGAUUUUAUUGCUACAUAUUAUAUAAAGCUUCUCCUGUGCUGUUUUCAGUA